AUGGUUGUCAUUUCCAUUGCGGUGAUGAUUGGGUUAUAUUCCAGAGUCGUGUUCACUUUGUGGGCCAGGUGCAACAACGAUGAACUCACAAAUCGACAGUGGGUAUUUCAUUUAACGCGUUAAAAAGUUAUACCCUGGACGUGCACCUAGUAUUGUACAAAUUUUCGACCGGUUGAAAAUUCGUGCGUUUAGGGGUUUAGUUCACAGCGAGCCUCCGUAAAGACAUUUAGACUCCCAACCGUUCAUUAAGUUGAUCGUCAAAAUCGAGUUCAAAUAUUGAGCCGGUACAAUCGAAAAAUUGAUCAGCGUGGUGUGAACACAUUGACCACCUAAAGGCGUGGUUGCAUGAAUGCUUGGUAGCUUAGUUGGAAGACGCCAUUUUGGACUGGCUUAAGUUGUGCUCUGGGCAAGGACAGAUGGUUAAAACGCUGAAAAAGGUAAAAUUCAACCUGGUUCGUGAGGGAAAUAUUAAACGGUUCCAUGUGAACGAAAUGUCCGAUCAAAUUUUUUCAGCCGGUCGAACUUUCGUCCGGUACCGUGUGAACGUAACUUUAAAGCUUUUUAAAUUCUGACGAGAUUUUUUUCUCAAUUGUACUCAGUUUUCGGUCUUCCUUCUGAUUUUAUUUCUUUCUUAAAAACUACAUUUUAUUUACUUGGUUAACACUAACAGUGGCUCGCCUGCAUUUUUCGGGAAAAAUACCUCCCAAGUUUGAGCACGUCGCUGUUAUCAAAGAUAUAGGAAACGACCAUCACAGCUUAAUCAGACAAAGAAAAAAAUUAUUUACAAUGGAACCUCGAUUUAACGGACGGCCAAGGGAAAGACAAAAUUUGUUAAUUAUAACGAGGAUCUGCAUGAAACACUGGGAAAGCUUUAUGACGUCUAAUAAAUGAUAGACUCAGAGCGGCAAAAGUAAGAUUUAGUCAGAUUUUAGAAUACUCCCAGCACUGCAUAACCGUAGCGGAGGUGGCGUGGGAGGCUACUUCAAUGCAUGCAUGCUCAAAUCCCUCCCAGUGUCGUUAAAUACGCCUGCAAGCAAAAUAAGGGUAACGUCAUUACGUUACUGUGGCAACUGCGAAGUCAACGUAACACUGUUAACAGCAAACUUUCAUCUUUACCUAAUACAGCUGUGGUGAUCACUUUUCCAAAUCUUUUUAGCGACGUAGUUUAUACUAAAACUUGGACGUAUUGCCCGUGAAAGUCUAGUCGAGCCAACAUAACUUAAGUAGUUUUUUUGCUGAACUGUUAAAGCAAUCCCAGUAAGGGAAUGGCCCUUUGACUGACGACAAAAUGUUUUUUGCUCCAGCAAACUUUAAAAUAACCUGCAAUGGUUUUGUACUUUUUUCAUACAGGGAGUGUUAAAGGUGCGAAAGCGAGUGACCUUAAUGAUUGUAACUGUCAGUGCCAUAUUUGGUAUCACUUGGCUCCCAGAUGUAAUUCUACACGUCCUCGAACAAACAACCAGCCUCAAGUUCAGUCCCGCCAUAUUUGCUGUCGUUCACACCAUCAUCAUGUUUAACUCCGCUGUCAACCAUUUGCAUACGCGUUAA